AUUUCACAAGAGACGGAACUUGCGCUGCUUGAGAUAAAUCUGGCGGUUCGAUCCGCUUUGCUCCAUUUCUACGGCAAUGACGAUCCCGAGCCUCGCUUACGGAGACUUUACUACUGCAUCCAGGUUGUCCGCUUGGUGUCUCCACUAGAUAUGGGUGAAGCAUCAUACAAUUUCGGACGAAUGCAGGUACACGGCAGGAGUUGAAUGAGAAGACGGCUUCGAAAUCUCGUACGACUACGAGCCGGUUAAGCCGAUCAAAAUUCCAUAUAUGCGGCCUGUUAUGCGUAAUCACAGGGGCGUAUGCAGGACUCUCAGCCUCUUUCCUAACCAGGUAUAUAUUGGCUGUCCAGCUGAAAAACAUAUAUUGAAACACACAACCCCACACUUUCCGCUGUAUUAUCUUGAACCAACACAAUGAUUCUCAGUACAGUUCUUACGAGCGCAUUUGCGCUUCUGGCGUCCGCUCGUUACGUUCCCGACGGAUGUCCGCGGAACAUUGGCCCAGAGGGUGUAGAAGCUCGCAUCCCACCAUUUUUGGAUACCACUAGCCAGCACCAUCACGGGAAACCAUGGUGCCCACCGCCUGUGGGCUUCUACUUCAAGCCAUGGUGGAUGAUUCUCGCCACCAAUCCCCAGUAUGCCGCAAUGCGUAAUAUACAGUACGACCCAACUCCAAUCGACCCCUCGGACCCGACGGGUUUGGUAAACGACCUCUUUUCGUUUCAGCGUCCAGGCAAUAACACUAUCUUCACUACGUACGGCAUUGAUACCCCAGAUCCACAUCUACCGGCUGUGCUAGACUUUGCAGCAACUGGGAUUAUUAAGGGUGCUACCAGUCGAUUCGCCAUCUUGGUAUGGGGAUGCGAUGCCAACAGAGUGCCUUACUAUGCGAGCUACUCGACGGCGACCAAUCUCACGCAGACACCACCAGGUAUCGAUUUGAUGAGUACGAAUAAUGAGGGGCCGGAUCAGGCGACCCUCGAUGCGGUUCUGAAGGCGCUCAAAGAUCUGGGCAGUCCAGAGAUUACGGAAUAUGUAAACAACUUGAACCGAACGGCGCAGGAUGGCGCACGGAAGAACUUGCCUAGGAUUACCUGCGAUGAUUAUUGCAAGACGAACCAAGGCUUGCUUGGAUCGAUAGGUUGAGCACGUGACUAGCUGGGUUCAAUGAACCACCAGCCGGGCAAAUCAUCUUCUGGUGGGGACGCGACGAUGCGUAUUGUUUUUUUAAUCCAAUAUUUAUCUUGCAAUUUAAUUAACUUAUAUGUCUGGCAAG